AUGCCACAUAGGGAUAUUGAUUUCCUUGGUUCAGAAAGUAGCGAUAUCUCAAAAAGCACCAAAUGCUUAUCCAAAAUGCUUAUAGCUCCGCCAUCGUCGCCCCAAACACCUGAGAAAAAGUGCAGAUCUCCCAAGCGCAGCCUUGAAAAGUCUCCGUCACCUUCCUCGAUUUCCAAACUCACCGAGGAAUCAUUUAGAUACCUAGGCACUUCAUAUCUCUCAGCAGAAGAGAAAAAGGAAGCCCGGAACACUCCAUCUCCACCAAAAAGACAACGAAUGACAUGGAAUCUACUAGAAAGAAAGAUAGAUGCCAAGCUUAACAUAACCGCGGACAAAUCCAUAGCUCCCGAGAAUCCUCUAUCAAGAAGGGAGAGGCGGGUUUUGGAGAAAAGACACAGACUAAAGCUAGCAAUAAGGAGAAAAGAGGAGCCAGAUGUCAUUGCUUCCGCUCCAUUGACAAGCCUUGCAGGCGAAACUUGUUGUGAAGAUGAGUCCGCUGCGGAGAACAGAGGUAUGGAUGUGGACACUGGGAAGGUGGAAGAGAAAUUGCCGUCUAGUUUGACUGAAGAAAGAAGGGAGGGGGAAGAAACAAAGGAUGACCUUCCGGUCCUUGUCAAACUUUGCGAGGGCUUGGAAGUGAAUCAAGCAUCUCCAAGGAUUGGACAAAUGAAAGCAGGCAGUGGAAUUGAUAAUCAUUCGACUACUAUUGGAACAGACUUGUUUGGUGGAAAGGAAAACAUGGUUAAAGGCAUAAAAUUCGCUUCCCGAGGCCCAGAAAAGAGAGGGCAAUGGGCCAUUUCACACAAAAGAGGAGGUUCGGAAACUUAUUUGAAGAUUCUCAAGCUAUUGUAUGGCGAGGAAGAAACAGGAAAUAAGAAGGAGAUGAAAGAGUUAGCCCUCGUCAUUGAGAGCGUAAAACGUAUGUUUAUGAGCGGAAAACUGGAAAGACAAUUGCAGAAGAUUGAUGACAGAAAUACGCGGGAUAAAAUGUAUCUCAAGGCCUUGGCGUCUUUGGACGAAGAGACAGGAACAGAGUCUAACAACGGAACCGAAGACAUGAGGCUCAUAAUUAAGAUCUUUAAGUUUGUUCGAAGCGGACAAUUGGCGAAGGACUUGCAAACAUUAGGAGAAGUUUUCGAAGCGUGUCGGAAAGGCUUGGACCGGUUGAUUAGAGAGGCAGAAGAGGCUCAUGCGAGGAAAACUGAAGAAGAACAGUCUAGUUCGCUCACUUCGUUCAAGGUUCCUGCUUCUUCUGAAACUGACUGCCAAGGUGUUGUACCCUUUGCGAAGGAAUCCGAAGCUAUUGAAACAAAUGACAUACGAGACAAUGAUGUCCGAGGGGCUGAAUCAAUAGGAAACUCUUCGAAGAAAGUCUGUGAAGAGCCCGUUUGGGGAGCCAUGAAGUCUCGAUGGGGAGAAGAUUUCCCAUUGCCUGCAGAUUUCGACGAUGAAGCUGCUAUGUUGCAACAAGCUUUUAUUCAGUCAAACUAUGACGAGUUUAUAAGAUUAAAGGGCUGCCAUGGUACCUCUUGCUCAACCGCUCAUGGAAACGAAAUCGUCAACAAAAAACCCACUACCACCAGCAUACAAAGCUUUGAGAAGAUGAACGAAGAAAAUAUUGAGGAAAUUAGCCCUGAUGGCCAACAGGACGCUGAUGAUGAGACUUCUGAUACAUCCGAGUCUGGAUCUGCCCACUACAGUACCGAUAGCGGUGAUGAAAAAAGCAAAGUCGACACUAACAAAACAAGCGGGACAGGAAAUUUGCCUGAAAUGAAUGAUAUCUCAGUUGCAUCGAUUGAAUGUGUAAUAAAGGACCUUCUCAUUGCUACUGCAGAGCAAUUGAAGCAAAGUUUUACAAGUAUGUUUCAGAAGAAGUGUUGUGAAUCAACUGAGAACGAGUUCGACAAUUCCAUGGACGAAAUGUUUAUUGCUACUACUGCAGCCGUAGUCAGAAGAUCAUUCCAAAUUUUGAAGUUGGACGCAUUUGGGGAGGCAUUGAAGAAAGCAACGGAAGAAUUAUUGGCAGAGGGCAAAAUAAGAGGGCGUCGCUGUGUCACUUCGUCUGAAUCCACAGCCUCUAUCGAACAAAACAUCUCUAAGAAAUGGGCUGUCACAUACCCAGAGGCCAUUCCUAUGCGUUCCUUUGAAUUCACGAGAGCCAUCGAUAUCCUCAUCUCCCUCACAAGGUCUACUCCCUACAACCAUGCUAUCCUUGAAGACACCCCUGAAUGUAUGUACGAUGCCUUAGUAGUCUACAUACAAUACUACUUGGACACUUGCACCCACAGAAAGUGCAUAGAAAUCGUUGAGGGACAUUCUCUCGAUCAACAGAUCAAAUGGAUCAGAGAAAUGCACUCUUUUGUUUAUUGGUGGAAGGACGUGUGUGAGGAAUUCAAAGGAAUAUGGGGAAAAGGAGUACUGAAUAAGGAGGUUCUAAAGAGCUUUGAUGUAAAUGGAGGUAAUUGGAAUGACGAAGAGGCUGGAAGAGAUUGA